CAUACCCGAAUUCCUUUUCAACCUGGGUACCAAAAGACCCUGCGAACAGCGCUCUUGAGAGGUACGCUCAUACUAUCAUGGCUGGAAUGAGAGUGGGCGGCAAGAGGUAUGGUGCUUUGAAGAUUGACACAAGCUGCCCGGCUGCGGGGUAAAUGCGUACCGGUUAUGUGUGCUACAAUAGUGGACGGUCGAUUGGGAGGUAUAAAUCAAAGACUGCCGUUGUUACUGCACAUUCAACCGGCUCCGAAUCUUCCCUGAACAUGUAUAUCUCGUUACCUAACGACCAUCCUAGAAUAAGUAUUUAAAGUAUCAGCAGUCGGUCACCAAGUCCCAAGACCAAACCUCACACAACACGGUUGUAAAACACCUUGUCUCCCUCUUGACCACAUUCUAUGGAAGGCAAAGUCUACGCCCUAACCGGCGCAACCGGCGGCAUCGGCCUCGCCCUCGCCAAACUUCUCGCCUCCCGCGGCGCCAAAGUCAGUCUGGCCGACAUAUCCCAAGCUCAACUCGACAAGGCCGCCGAAGCCGUCAAACAUGCCUCCACGGCAGACUACACCGACAGCAUCUUCACGCAAACCUGCGAUGUCCGGGACGCCUCGCAGAUUCAAGCCUGGUUGAGAUCGACGGUAGAUAAGUUUGGGAAGCUGGACGGCGCGGCGAAUUUGGCUGGUGUGUUCAGUCGAGCGAGUGUUGAGGAGCAGCAGUUGGGGGAGUGGGAGAGGGUGAUUAGUAUCAAUCUGACUGGCACGAUGCUUUGUAUACAAGCCGAGUUCGAAGUCUUGUCCAAAGGCGGGAGCAUAGUAAACGCAACCUCUAUCGCCGGUAUUCGCGGCUCGGCUGGGUGUUUCGCUUACUGCGCCAGCAAACACGGUGUCGUGGGUCUGACACGCGUGGCCGCGCUCGAGGGGAAGGAUAAAGGGAUCCGGGUUAAUGCCAUUGCGCCAGGGUACGUCGACACAGCCAUGCUUGAUCAAGCGCUCGAGACGACCACGCCGGAGGAUGCGGCAAAGGCGAUCGGUGCUCUGCCCGUUCCGAGGAAGGCGGACCCGAUGGAGGUGGCCAAGCUGAUCGCGUUUCUGCUUAGUGAUGAAGCGAGCUAUAUCACUGGGGCGAUCUACUCAAUCGAUGGCGGAAUGAAUGUGUGAUGGUACAGAAGGCGGAAGCCACCAUUCCUGUGUGUUGGAGGCAUUUUGCAACCGUAACACCA